AUGCUCCAAGGUCCAGCACUCCUCUACACCGUUACACUGCUCACAGCGCUCGGCUUUAUGCUGAUCGGCUAUGACAAUGGUGUCAUGGGCGGGGUCAUCAACAACCCUCCUUUCCAAGAGACCUUCGGCAAUCCCUCACCCACACUCCUCGGUACCAUCGUCGCCAUCUACGAGAUCGGCUGCUUCGUCGGUGCGCUCCUCUGCGCUGCCAUCGGCGAACCCCUCGGCCGGAAGAAAUCGAUCCUCAUCGGUGUAGUCCUCAUGCUGGCUGGUACCGCUUUCCAGGCUGCCAUCUCCAGCACUGGCGGGAUGAUCGCCGCUCGUAUCGUCUCUGGUCUCGGUAUGGGCUUCCUCAACUCCACCAUGCCCGUCCUCCAGGCCGAGGUCAGCCCCAAAGCUGCUCGAGGCCGCUUUGUCUGCUUCCAGCUCACCCUGCUCAACGCCGGUAUCAUGAUUGCCUACUGGGUCGGCUAUGGCUUCACUCCCGUCGAUGGCUCCAAGGCAUGGCGUAUCCCCGUCGCCCUUCAGGCCAUCUUCCAGGUCCCCAUCCUCAUCCUCGUCCUCAUCGUCCCCGAAAGUCCCCGUUGGCUCGCCUCGCACGGUCGUGCCGAAGAGUCUCUCUCCGUUCUGGCCCGGCUCCAGGGUAAGCCCGAAACCCACCACGAUGUACUCGCCCAGCACCAGUCUAUUCAGGACGUCGUCGCUCUCGAGGCUUCCAUCGGCAGCGGCAAGUGGCGCAACCUGCUCAAGAACGACUCGGUGAAGUCUCGUCGUCGUCUUCUCAUCGCUUGCUCCAUCCAGUUCUUCCAGCAGAUCGGAGGUAUCAACGCAUUGAUCUACUAUGCCGGAAACUUCUUCGCCCUGGUCUCUGACUCCCCCGCCCUCAUCGCCGGUGCCCUCUUCACCUGGUUCUUCGUCGCCUCCUUCAUCCCUUGGUUCCUCAUCGACAGUCUCGGUCGGCGCAAGCUCCUCCUCAUCUGCAUCGCCGGUAUGGCCAUCUGCUUUGCGGCCGAGACCGGUCUCGUCUCCAAGGUCCAGUCGGAUCCCGGAAACAAGGGUGCGGGUAUCGGAGCGACAGCUUUCUUGUUCCUCUACAUGGCUCUCUUCACCACUGGUUUCCAAGCUGUCGUCUGGGUCUACCCAUCCGAGAUCCUCCCCCUCUUCCUUCGUCAGAAGGGUUCAGCCAUCUCGACCGCUUGCAACUGGAUCACCAACUACGCCAUCGUCCAGAUGACACUCCCCGCUCUCGACGCCCUCGGUUACAAGUUCUACAUCAUCUUCGCCGUCAUCAACGCCUCCUUCCUCCCUCCCAUCUACUUCUUCUACCCCGAGACUAAGGGACUCUCCCUCGAGGCGGUCGACGAGCUGUUCAUGGGUCGGGCGGUGGAGCAUACCGAGGACCCGGUGUAUGAGUCCAAGGGCGGCGCGACGGCUCACCUCGACCACGAGGGCAGGCAUGACUCGGGAGAUCUCGAUGUCAAAGUCUAG